GGAGCAAGCAGCACCAAGACCUGAUGUUGGCGAACCCAGCAAUGCAGCCUCAACCCGCUAGUUGGAGCAACGACUCGACCAUGUACUAGCAAUGCUAGACGAUAUCAGCACCUUCGCCGCACCAACCUCCAUCAGCGAGCAGCUCGACACCUUGAAGAACGAGGCUCGACAACUACACCAGCCGCCCGACAACGAUGGCAGCACCAGUGCAUCGCGGCAGUACAAGAUGUCGAUGUUCCGGAUCGAAAAGUUUGAUGACUAUACGCAUCAGGACCUGGUCACCUGGUGGCAGGGCUAUACGACGGAACUUCGGAUUCAUCAGGUCCCCGAUCACUUGUACAUCUCGGCCCUGUUCCUCAACGCGAAGGGCGGGUGCCAGAUCUGGCUCAGCCACGUGGCAAUCAUCCACGGCGUCCAGGUCGCCGACCUGCACAAAAAGAUCUCUUGGGAAGAUUUGACGAAGUUAUGGAAGAAGCGACUCAUUGUUGACGAUGCCUCGACGCUCGCCAUCAACCGCCUCUUUGCAAUGACUCAAGGCAACACACUGAUACGCGACCGGCUCACCGAAUGGCAAAAGAUCGUGGCAACACCCGCUCUCGACUUGCCAUUUUCACAUUUGCGCCGAGAGUUCCACAACUGGUCGUGUGCCGCCUUGAGCCUCACACUCGGUGAUCGCGAACAAUACACGACCUUCGCGGAAAUCAUUGACAAGGCUCAUGAGAUCAUCAAAACCAACCGGGCUGCUGCACACGAGAAAUCCGCGUGGCAGCCAAAAGGGAAGACGAAAACCACAUCUCCGGCCAAAAAUGGACAGUUAGUAGCAUUGGUCAAGUUUAGCUUGAUCGAGGCCGAAUACAAGUGGCGCAGCCGGUAUGGCUGCUGCUAUUGGUGCAAUAGCACCAAGCACAAGACCUCCCAAUGCCAAGAUCAAGGCAAGGAGGAUGCUCGACCUCGAACCAGCUCGGAAAACUGAGUUGCGCGGGAGGUGAGGCGACUCCACCUCUCACUCCGCUAGAUUCGUCCGCCUUGCUAGCGGUCUCCUACACAUC